GGUUGUCUAGACAGAAAUAACAGACUGAUCUUUGAAAUUGCACAACAACUUACUCAUAUAUACAUUAGACGAAUAAUAGCGUAGAUGCAUAUUGUUAAAGAAUGGAGAACACGCAGAAAAGUAACCCAUUCGAUUCAGCUGGUGUUUUUUCUCAUUUGUUUUUCUGUUGGAUUUUUUCGAUAGUAAUCAAAGGAUCAAAGCGACCGUUAAAAGAAGAAGAUCUAUAUGAAACCUCAAAAUAUCACACUUCAGAGUAUCUUGGGGAUUUACUUCAGAAAGAAUGGAAUAAGGAACUGAAGCAAAGAAAUCCAAGCAUACUAAAAGCUUUAUUACGAUUUGUUGGAUGGAAAUACCUAAUAAUACUUUUACUGGCAAUUAUCAAGCAUACAGUAGUAAUUGGACUCCAAGCAUAUUUAUUAAUAUUCACAAUACAUUAUUUUGAGAACAGAGUGGAAUGGAAUCAAUAUAAUGUUUAUUUAAUAGUUGCAGGAUUUUUUGGCAUAACUCUUAUGCAAUUAGACUGA